AUGGCGUCGCGACGGCCCGACGCGGGCGAUCGCGCGCGGCGACCGGGCUCGACCGUGCGCGUCAGCGUCGUUCUGCGAUGCAGGCCGCUGAACGCGAACGAACGCGCGGAGAAAGUGCCGGAAGUGAUUACGGUGGACGAGCACGCGCGCACGAUGGCGGUGGCGCGGGGCGGCGCGGGGACGUCGACGACGAACGGAGGGAAGCGAGAGACGUCAGAGAGUAAGGAAUUUGCGUUUGAUGACGUUUUUGGGACGCAGUCGACGCAGGAACGGGUGUAUGAUUCCGCGGUGAGACCGAUGGUGAAGGACGUGCUCGAGGGGAUGAACUGCACCGUGUUCGCGUACGGGCAGACGGGGACGGGGAAGACGCACACGAUGAGCGGGGCGCACGAUGCGGAGUGCGAUGUCUUGAGCAGCGAAGCGGGGGUGAUUCCGCGGGCGAUGUCGCACAUAUUCGAACAUCUCAAGAGUAAGGAAUUGGAACACAGCGUCAAGGUGACGUACCUCGAGCUGUACAACGAGAAAAUCACCGACUUGCUCGGCGCGUCGACGGACGGGACGAAUGCGACCGAGCACGCGUUGAUGGAGGAUGGUAAGAAUGGUGUCGUCGUGAAAGGUCUAGAAGAAGUCUACGUCGGUUCCACGGAGGAGGCGUUUGCGGUGCUGAAUCGUGGGAACGCGCUUCGAAAAACCGAGGCGACGGAUAUAAACGCGCACUCGAGUCGGUCGCACAGCGUAUUCAGCGUCACAGUUCACUGGACCGAUGUGUCGCCCGAUGGCGAAGAGUUCGUGCGUACUGGCAAGCUGAAUCUAGUAGAUUUGGCCGGAAGCGAAAACAUUUCGCGAUCUGGUGCCAAGGACAAGCGUGCGAAGGAGGCUGGGGCGAUUAACACGUCGCUCGUCGCGCUCGGACGUGUCAUCACGGCGCUGGUCGACAAGUCGGUGCACAUACCGUAUCGGGACAGUAAGCUCACGAGAUUACUGCGUGACGCGUUGGGCGGAAAAUCGCGCACGUGCAUCAUCGCCACCGUGUCCCCGGCUUCGCACUCGGUGGAGGAAACGUUGAGUACGCUCGAGUAUGCGCAUCGGGCGAAGAACAUUAAAAACUCUCCCGUAGUGAAUGGCAAGAAGUCGAAGAGUGACUUUUUGAACGAGAUGCAACGCUGCAUUGAGCAUUUGCAGGCCGACUUGUUGGCGACGCGAGAGAAAAACGGGGUCUAUAUGUCAAAGGCAAACUACGACGCCGAGCAGAGCGAACAUACGACGACGAGGCGUCGCGCAGAGGAGCUCGAACGCGAGUUGGCGUCGAUGAAAGCUGAGCACGACAAGAUGACGCGUAUGUUUGACAAGACGAAGAAGAACUUCUUACAGCUUAAAGAACAACACGCGGAGACUGAAGUCGAGCUCGGGGAGACUAAAGACAACUUGCGCACCACGUCGGUGGAGUUGAGUGGGGCGAAAAAGAACGUGCGCGAGAAGGAGUACUUGCUCGACGCGUUUGAAAAAACUCACGACGACUUGUCCACGGCGACGAGCGCCAUGGCGAAGGAUUUACUCGCGGCGAAAGACGAAGCCACGGCAUUGUUUGAGAAGAUUAAUCGCAAGGAAAGUGUGAUGCACUCGAACGCGGACGCGAUUCGCGAGUUGAGUACGUCCAUGUGCGAUAGGUUGGAGGCGCUCGAGAGAAACUUGGCGGGAAUUCAGGAAGUCGAACGCGAGUCGCGAUCACACAUGAAGACGGUUUUAGAUGAUUUUAUGGUUCGCAAAGAAAACGAAGUGAACGCACUGAAGGAAUCUGUGGCGAACAUGCAACGCUCCGUCGAGCAGUCUGCGCGCAAGGCGAGCGAGUACGCGCGCGCGAGCAUGUUGAAGCAGGCAGACAUGUUGAUGGAAGCCGCAAACGAGCUGCGCACUGGGGCCGAAGCGACCGCUGAGCACGCAGUGGCAGCAGUCGUCGCUUCUCGACGCGGUUGCGAUGAAACUGUGGAUUCGUUGAACCAGUCCCUCGCGAGCGAUCGCGCGGCUUUCUCAGACUUGGCGAACACCGUCGCCGCGACGUCUGAACGCGGCGUCGCCGACUUCAUGUCCAAGCACGUUCGCGACCUGACGUCCAUCCGCGAGCAAUUCAGCUCCGAGCUCUCAACCGCGGUUCGAGAGGACGUACCGACUGGACAAACUCCCGCGCGCGAGUCCGCGCGCGUUUUACUCGCCGAGCCCGUGACGCCGAGCGCCUUUAGUUUCAACCGCGACGAAGCGCUCCGAAGUCGUCGACCGAGCGUCGACGGCGCCAAAUCCGCGCGUCCACCGCUCUCGCCCCUCGGUGGCGCGAGCAUCAAUCAAAACUAG